AUGUUGCAGUACUUCACCUUCGAGAAUCAAAAAAUUAAAAGUUUGGUUGCUAAACGUUACCAAACCAACUGUAUGCAUAUCAAAUUGAUCAUCAAUGAACCGUAUGCAUUCCAGGUGGCUGGUCAUUCCAGAGAGAAUUCACAUAAAUUUGAAAUCCUCAAAGAUCAGGCCAGAGCACUUAUUUACAAAUCAUUUCAAGAUUGUUCAAGAGGUAUGCGUGAGGUGAUAUUCUAUGAACGUGUUUUUUCACCGGAUGCAUCAGAAGCAUUUAAACUAUUGCGUCAAUUCAUUCCAAUGUAUCAUGGAAUAUUUCAGUGUCCAUCGACUAAAGCCUACUAUGUAGGUCUCUCCGAUCUAGUAGCCAGUUUUAAACAACCUAAUGUAUGCGAUUUCAAAAUGGGUACAAUCACAUAUCUCCCGGGUUCUUCUGAAGAUAAAAUAUCCAGAGAAAAGUUUAAAUAUGCAUGGCGUCGUAAACUUGGCUUCCUACUGUCUGGUAUGCAAGUUUACGAUCCAAGAACACAUUGUAUGAUCAAGUUGCCUAAGGCAUUUGGACGUAAUUUAAAUCCAGAACAAGUUUAUUCCGUUGGUUUGAAAACAUUUCUCGGCCCAGAUCCUGUAUAUCGUGUAGAACUUGCACACAAAUAUCUCAUCCAACUUAGUCGUAUAUUACACUGGUAUAAAGAAUAUGGUGCAGAACGGUUGACGUUUUGUCGUUCCUCCCUACUCUUCAUUCAUGAAUCCGUAGCAUCAGGAUGUGAAGAAUCCCCACCGUCGAACAACAACACCACCAAUACGACUACCGCUAAUACUACCACUACUACUAACGGCCUACGAGUAGUAUCCACAAAGUUAAUCGAAAAAUCAAAUCGUAUAAAUAAUUCCCAGCUACUAAUCCCUUCUACCACUAAUGCUACUCCGAUUAAUGUUGCUAAAAGUAAUUGUAUUAAUGGUUCCAAUACACGUGCUCAGGUGUAUCUAAUUGAUUUCGCCCAUUGGGAAGAGAAAAUUCCUCAUUCCUCGAUGUCGGCGGCAGUGGCGACGACAUCACCACCACGACUGACGAGUAAAACUCAUAUCAAUGACAAUAAUGCUGCCGAAGACGGGGAGGAGGCGGACGAUAGUAGUUAUUAUAUAACUUAUGAAUUAACUGAAGGCUUUCGUUAUGGAUUAGAAACCCUCAUCAGCUUGAUGCAACGUGUUGUAAAUAAUGGAGAGAAUUAAUGCAAUCAUCCCUAUAACUUUUAGCCAUUUUUUGUACGUAUGUAUUUAUCUAUGCAUUGUUAUUGUAGACUAUUCUUCAUAUCUCCACAAUACCACUACUAGUGAACGAACAGUACUCAUUGUGUGUCUGGUUAUUGCCUCAUUUUUAUAUUCCUCUGACUUCUAAAUGUGGAACAC